UGGACUGUGGAGAGAGCUUCCACUGGACUGCAAGCUGCUGCUGCCCCUCUCGUUGAAGAGAUCUCGUCGAAAGCCCUCUCGGUCUCUCCCGCGGUCCCGCCCCGUGCCGUGCCCGUGCCCUUUCUCCCAAUGGCCGCCUCCUCCGACGAACCGUAGCGCCGCGGACAACCAGCAGGUCGCUUGGUUCCAGAUCCCCACUCAGACACGUCACAUCGCAUGGCGGCGAACGCGGCGCAGCAGGACCCGCGCGGCCAACGGCGGCUCUGCGGCGGGGGCGGGGGCGGGGCCACGGCGUGCGUGCGCCCACGCGCCUGGUGCUGCUCCUUCUCCUUCUCCGGCGUGCCCGACAGCCCCGACCUCCGCCCGCUCCCCUCCUCGGCCGCGUCCCCGCCGGCGGGGAGGAAGUUGCCGCCCAAGUCCCCCUCGGCGGCGUCAUUCUAUGGCUCGCCGACUUCAUACAGGCUAGCGGGCCUCAUCGACCCGCGCCGCAUCCUCUCACCCGGCCGCGUCUCCCCUAUCGAUCACGACGGCGCGGUCCCGCCGCCCCUCCCGCUCCCUCCGCCGCCGCCGCCGGCUGCGGCCGCCGCUGACGAUUCGGCAGUUGUGAUCCCCGCAGAGCGGCUGGCGUCGGCAUUGCCAUCUGCCACGGUGGCGCCGUCGCUGGUCGCCGUGCGGGAGGAGGCAGACGCGGCUGGGAUGCUCGAUCUGAGGUUGUUGCUGCGGGGGGCACACGGGAGGUGCGUCCUCAUGGAGCUCGACUCCAGCGUGCUGUGCGGCUGUAGCGACUUCUUCGCCGCCAUGGCCCCGCGCGAGGAUGCUGCUGGCGCUGGUGGGAAGAGGCUCGAGGUGGACGGGGUGGAGAAUUUGGAUGCUUUCUGCGCCGCUGUGGAGCUCAUGUACAAUCCUGAUCCAAUAGGGUGUCUUGCAGCUGCUGGUGUGUCAAGGGCCAUAGAUGUGCUUGAGGUAUGCUCCUCUAUCAUGUUCAGCAAGGGAAUCAAAUCAUGUUUGACAUACAUAGAAGCUGUUCCCUGGAAUGAAAACGAAGAGGAGAAGCUGAAGAACCUCUUUGCAAGAUUCACUUUUGACGAAGCAAUGUCCCAGGAUAUACUGGCAAGAUUGCGUCCGCACAACUGGAAAAGCUCAGAUGACCUCACUAUACAGCUUAUUCAAUCUGUCACUGGAAGCACCAGCACUGUGGCAAGAAAAGACAUGCAAUCUUUGGUAAAUGGUCUUCUAAGCAAAAGUUCAGUCUAUCAAAAGGACUCUUCAGGGCUAAACAAGGAGAGUCUGUACCAGAUAUGUUAUUCAUGUCUUGAGUCACUGGUUGAUCUCUUUGAAGAGGCCAGAGAACCAACAGAUUAUACAGGUCAGAUUCUUGUAGUUAGAGGGAGUAAACCACUGAUUGAGCGAGUCUCUAGGCAAACAGAGAACCUCAGUUGGCUCUUGGAUAUUCUAGUAAACAAUGACAUUGCAGAAGAAUUUGUAGAACUGUGGGCGAAGCAAGACAGGCUCAUUAGGAUGCACGAACAAGCGUCAGCGAUGGUCAGGUAUGAGCUAAGCCGAAUAUCAGCCGCUGUGUUCAUUGCACUUGGUAAAGGAAAAGUUCAGUGUCGUGGCAAUGUACGAAGCCUCGUCUUUCGUGGAUGGUUCAGCACGAUGUUGUUGGAUUUUGGCUGGCUUCAGCGCUGCCCCAAAGGUCUAGACCUAAGAUCACUGGAGGAGAAUCUAGGGCGAGGCAUUUUAACCCUCCCUCUGAGGCAGCAGCAAUGUUUGUUUGAAGAAUGGUUCCAGUUCUAUUCGACCAAAGGUGCUGAGUGUCCGAACCUUAUUAGGGCUUUCCAGGUAUGGUGGAGAAGGUCUUUCGUUAGAUCGUCGGUAGAACCUCAAAGACAAUAAUCGAUGCACCAGAAGGUGGAACAACUGUACCGAUGCAAUGAUGACGAGGCGGCCCGCACCGCUGGAUCCGCCGAUGAUGGCGACGAUUAAGCUUGGUAUAAUGGCAAUGCUGCGAGUCAUCAGGUUCCUCAGCCACUGUCUCAUCUUGAUGUCCAAGAAACCCUGAGCAAGGAGCCAAACACAUGCAAACCGUGCUUCAAGUAUAACAAUCUGUGUACAAGUAUGUAAAUGUUGGAAAGAAUAUGAUAUUAUAAUCUGUUAGUUUAACGAUGAUUGCUGGCUAGGACAAAUACAGAUCCUCUAUGCAUCUUCAACAGGCCAAGAAGCGCUACCUGCAUGAUGUAUUGCCCAGCGUAAGUACCAGUGAUGGAAGAGCUUAUUCCACAAGCCAAGAGAGCCACACCAUACACAACCGCACUGCUGUUGCCUAGCACAUUCUGAAAUGAAAAAUAAGCUGGCAAUUAAUUAAAACUCUCUGGUAGUAAACAGAGCCCCAGAGCUAGUGAGUAGUGACCAGGCAGUAAAAUCAGUAAUACCCUCAGGAGGAAGGACGAGGAGUCCAAGGUGAUGUCACUGCAUUUUGCAGAGUCAUCUGGUGAGACGUUGCUGGAGUUACAGACAGUUCCAGAGACAGAGAUGAUGCAUAUGUUGAUGAUUAGUGCCACGAACAUCGCUACACCACUUUCAAGAAGGAAGAACCUGCAAGCAUCCUGAAAUGCAAACGAGCGAACAGAUGUGCCCUGAUUGAUUUGUAGCCAUUUUUUCUCAGCUGUGGAAUGCGAGAAUGUAAGCUGAAUUGUUUCUGAAUUCUGAAUCCGUUUGAUUAUAUAUACUCACAUUGAUUCCUCUUA